AUGGCAGACGAUCGGGGGCAGAAGAGGAAAUUGUCAGAGGAGCAGGCGCGAGAGAGCUUGAGCGUCUCCUCGGCAGCACUGCCUUUGGGCGCCGUGCCCGUGCGGACGUUGCUUUCCAAUGCGCUGGUGCCAUCGACCACUGGCUACGAGAGGAAAGACGUAUUGCUAGCUGACGGCAAGAUCGCCAAGAUUUCGUCUGCGAAAUCGGAAGCUGCAUCGACAGCGGAGGUCUUCGUUGACUGUAGCGAAAAGCUGCUUCUUCCAGGAUUCGUGAAUGCGCACACGCACAGCAGUGAGCAUUGGACGCGCGGACUCAUCAAGCCCCUUCCACUGGAGCUGUGGGUCGCACAACUCUACCGCCACGAGCCACGUGGAGACGAAGGCUGGUACGGCAAGGCAGGAGAGCCACCAUCGCACACCUGCCGAAGCCCUGGGCGUGUCGGCCCUGCUCUGCGGCGCCGAAUCUAUGCUGUCAGGCUGCACAGCAUCUCGGCAGUUGUGAGUGUUCACAGUCCUGAGAAGCACGUCUGUGCAAUCAUGGAUCAUAUUGCCAUCCGGCACCUGGAUGACCUGGAUGCCAUCGUCCGGGCUUACAAGGCGCUGGGGAUGCGUGCGUUUGUGGCCCCAAUGCUAGGAGACGAUGCUGUGCUCUGGGAGAACUUCAUUCCGCUGGUACCAGAUGGGGCAGCACGAAAUGCAAAGUGCAAGUGUUGUGGAGGACUGGGGAAAAAUGGAAGCUUCCGAACCCAGCCGGCUGCUCCAGAUUCGGCAAAGACCAAGAAGAUGCUGCAGCUUUGGGAGGAAGCAGUGAAGAGAUUCCACGAUCCGGAAAACGGCAUAGAGAUUGUGAUCGGGCCUGUGACUCCCUACUCCGCAAGCACGGAGCUUGUGAGGGGUGCUGUCGAGCUCCGGAAGAAGUACGGUCUCUGUGGCCACACUCACUUGCUGGAGACACGGGGCCAGGCCAUGCAAGCGCGCCAAUGGUUCCCGUCAGGGUCUGCGGUGCAGCAUCUGCUGGACCUGGGCUUCUUGCAGCUUCCUGGCACGAGCUGCGCUCAUACCAUCUGGUUGGAGGAUUACGAGCUUGCAAUGAUGGCAAAGGCUGGUGCCACCUGUGUUCACAACCCACUAUCCAACUUGAUUCUGGGCUCGGGGGUAAUGCCCGUGAAGAAAGCGCUGGAUGCAGGCGUUUCGGUCUCGGUGGGCUGUGACGGAUCCUGCAGCAGCAACGGCCAGGAUCUCUUGGAAGCACUGAAGUUGGCAACCACCGUGGCUUGUGUCACCACGCCCGAAUACAGAGACUGGCCGACGGCCAGGCAGACGGCUCUUUCUUUGGCUGCCAGGAAUGGCUACAAGGGCGUGGGGAUGGAGAGCGGAGGGAAGUUGGAAGAAGGGUGCGUUGCAGAUGUGACGCUUUGGGACCUGACAUCUUUGGCGCUGCUCCCUCGCACAGAUCCCAUCUCCUCACUGGUGCUGGGCUCGCGCACGCAAGCUCCAGGAGCUGGCUCAACUUUGCACUCCAGCUGGGUUCGUGGAAUUCGCGUCAUUUCUGAAGGCUCGCUUUGUGGCUUGGACUUGCUGCGCCUUCGCGAGAUGUUGGCCAACGGGCAGGACUACAAGUCCCCUGACACUACGGAUCCAGCGACGGAUCCCUUCACAAAGGGUUUAGAGGUCGAAUAUCGUGCAGUCUUUGGCUCGGAUGGCCAGGACAGGCUUGCACCAGUCCCAGAGAACGUGGCCAAGUACCGGCCUAAUUGCGUUCUCUAUGAUGCCACGGUCCGCUAG